CCAAACCCCAAAUCCGAACCCUCCAUCCGCAACCCGCACGACGCCCAACAAAUCCUCCUCCAAAUCUACAACAACUACCUCGGCCGCACGCCACAGAGGACCAAACUCCUCGAUGCCUUCAUGUUCUUCCUCAUGGUCGUCGGAUUGAUCCAAUUCGUAUACUGCGUUCUGGCGGGAAACUACCCCUUCAACGCUUUCCUGGCCGGUUUCAGCGCGACGGUGGGACAAUUCGUCCUUACGGCUUCGUUGCGCGUGCAGACGAACCCGGAGAACAAGAGUGAAUUUGAGGCGAUCUCGCAUGAGAGGGCAUUUGCGGACUUUGUCUUUGGGAGCAUGAUCCUACAUUUCUUUUGCGUCAACUUCAUC